AUGGCAGCCGCAAGAUUCAACUCCCCAGAGCUGCGGAAGCCAGCUAGCUCCCCAAGACCUAAGGGGCGAGAAAAUGCAAAGGAUACCCUGUGCCGAAAUGUAUUGAUAUACGGCCAUUGCCGGUAUGAGGAUCAAGGCUGUGCCUUCAAUCAUGAUCCCAAUAAGAGUAUAUCUGGGCAAGCUGAAUUACUUCUGGCGAGGCUAGCGACAAGGCUGGACUCGAGUUGUGAAUCACCUCAUGCUCAUGCCUUUACCACAACCUCACAACUCCAACAACAACAUACUCCAGCCACUCGAUACGAUGCCUGGUAA